AUGAACAGAGCAAGGAAGCUGGUGGCUUCAAUCUCCACCCUUUCAACAAGACGAAGAACCUAUUCUCCUUCUUCCACUUUCCUGACGAUUUCGAUAAACUCACAAACCCACCACUCGAGUCGUCGUGAAUCAUUUCAACCUUCUUCUUCAGCUAAGCCCUUGUGGCUCCAAUUUUCCGGGAGAGAGUUUUCCUCGGGUUCUUCCGAGAAGACAAGCUCCUCCGUGUGCUGGAACUGUGGUUUCUUGUCUGAAAAAGACGCCUUUUUGUUCUGUGACUCCUGCCGCAGCAUUCAACCAAUCGAUGAUUCCGUCGAUUACUUUCAGAUAUUUGGCUUGGAGAAGAAGUAUGAGUUAGAUGCUGGAAGCCUUGAAGGCAAGUACAAAGACUGGCAAAAGAAGCUUCAUCCUGAUUUGGUUCACAACAAGUCUCAGAAAGAAAGAGAUUACGCAGCGGACCAGUCUGCGAAGGUGACUGAAGCGUACCGGACGUUAACCAAGCGGCUCUCGAGAGCAAUGUAUAUCAUGAAGCUGAAUGGUAAAAAUGUCAAUGAAGAAGAAACAAUAACAGAUCCAACCUUGUUAAUGGAGGUAAAUGGAUCUGCUCUCAUAAAAGAUUACUUCUCAAUUGUUUGUCCGAUUGCGAACGUACUUAUCAGUUACAAGUAA